GUGGGCGUGGCCCCGUUCGGUGGGCGUGGGCCGUUCGGUGGGCGUGGCCCCGCUGCCGCUGCCGUCGCCCGUGGAGACCCCGGGAGCGGCGCUCGGAUCAUUACACCGAUAAAAUCAAGGCAAGCUGGACAGGGAGCAAGUCUGCCUAUGUAGGCAGGACCUCCGUGCUCCCGGAAUUCCAUGGAAAUGUCGGGAAAAGCAGGCGGCAGCGGCAGCAGCGUCGCCCAGGCGCGCAGGACGGUGCAGCAGCUCCGGGCCGAGGCGUCCAUGGAGAGGAUCAAGGUGUCCAAGGCGGCGGCGGAGCUGCUGCUGUACUGCGAGGAGCACGCCCGGAAGGACCCUCUGCUGCUGGGCAUCCCGGCCUCCGAGAACCCCUUCAAGGACAAGAAAACCUGCGUUGUGCUCUAGGGCGGGCGGCUGCCGCGCCCCUGGGUGCCCCGAGCUCCUGGGGCCGUUCGCCAACUCCAGCGCGACCAAAGUUGCCUGAGCUUUGCAGGUGAAGCGAAGCUGUACAGACCUGAUGGAAUCACUGGGUUUACAUUUUAUAAAAUUAACGAUUUUUUUAAAUUUUUUUUUUUUUUUUAAUUUUUUGGCGGGGUCGUGCCCCUGCUGGCAGCACCUGUUUGUGCACGGGCACGCUGAAAAGUGCAUUUUCUAGCAAAAUCUACCUUGCAAAAAAUGAUUGUAGCAGCUGCUGGGGAGCUCUGCCUCAGCCUUCCUCCUGCUGGCCUCUCAUCCCAGGGCUUUUCCAGGAUAAAGUUGGGAAUCAGAGAUGCUUUCCCUGCUUUCCGUGGGUUGGAAAAGCAGAAUUUCCAGCUUGGAUUCUGCUGCCUUUUCUUCUCGAAUAAAAAACUUUAUUAGUGAAAAACACACCCUCAAAGAAAUUAAAAAAGAGAGGCUGGAGGUGCCCUGGCAGAGCUGGAGGAACGCUGCCCUCACCCCCAGCCCCAGCCGGGUUCUGAGCAGGGAGUCAGAGCUUGACUCGUUUUUAUAAAAAAAAAAAUCAAUUUUUAAACAGGAAAAAUGCCAAAUUAGCUCCAGCUUGUGAUUAUGCAUUUAUAAUUGAGGGCCUUUCCAUCUAGUAUAUAUUUUAUAUAUACAUAUAAUAAAAAUGUCUUUCUCUGUG